AUGAGAUUCCAUACUGAAGCCGGAAAGGCGACGAAUGGAGGUGAACAUGAAGCCACAACGUCUGACGGCGACACUAGGGUUAGGGUUUUUGGGGACCGAGAGAUCAUAGACGACUUGUUGCGUAAUAGCCACGACGGUGGCGACACCUGCAAAUGGUGGAUCGGGUUGCUGAGGGGGUAG